AUGGGUUUUCCGCUUUCCUUCUUCCGACUUUUUAUCAUUGCAGUCGCCUCAACUGUGGCUGCAAAGAGCCCGACGAGCACAGCAGAUGCAGACUAUGUAAUUAUUGGUGGCGGGCCAGCCGGAUUGGUGCUUGCAGAACAACUGUCCCGAAAUCCACACAUCCAUGUGGUACUUCUUGAGGCCGGUCCAGAUGGCAUCAAUUCCAGUUUAAUCAAUAGUGAAUCCCCCCAUCCCUCCAUUCGUCCCCCCUUUCGUCUCUCCUUGCACCUCCGUCGCAUUGUGGCUGACCAUGAUCUCAUGUUAGCUCCUGCAUCCUACCCCCUCAUUACUGAAUUCUACUGGAACUACACGGCCGAACCGGAUGCCAACCUGAACGGCAAGGCGAUCAACCUCGCUCAGGGCCGCGUGCUGGGGGGCGGAACGGCCGUCAAUGGCAUGGCCUAUUGUCGAGGCGCAGCGUCGCUCUUCAACGAGUGGGCCGACCUCUCAGGCAAUCGUGGUCUCGCCUGGGAUUCCCUCCUGGACGACUUCAAGGCCACAGCGCAUUAUCAAUACCAACCCGCCGACUACUGCCAGGUGACCAACCGAAGUGCCUAUGGAGGGGGCCCGUUGGACGUCAGCCAGUCCAGUGGACUGACCGGCUUCGACGUACCGUUCGCCACGGCGGUGAUGGAGGCCCUGGGCCUGCCCGAAGUGGAUUUGACCGACGGCACAGGCAUCGGCAUGGAUUAUGGAUUGUCUUCCAUCUCAGCUGUGGAACGCACGCGGUCCUAUGCGCGGAACACCUUCGGGGCCAUGAUGGAAUACCGGCCCAACGUCGAGGUUAUCCACGACGCAUGGGCCCACCACAUCGGGUUUCAGGGCUCUACCGCCGUCAAUGUCACGUAUCUUCACAUGGCCAGCAACGAGACGCGCACUGUGUCUGCGUCGGAGAUCAUCGUCAGCGGCGGCGCCAUCAACACCCCCAAGUUGUUGAUGCUGUCGGGAGUCGGUCCCCAGGACCGGCUGCAAUCGCUGGGGGUGCCCGUGGUGGCCGAUAUGCCUGCCAUCGGCCAGAACCUGUACGACCACGCUUUCGCCAUCUUCGAGCUGCAGGUCACCCCCGACGUGAAGACCUUUUGGCAGUGGAGCAUGAACCAGACGGCCAAUGCCAUCGCGACGGAGGCGUAUGCGCGCAACCGCUCUGGUCCACUGGGUUGGAAUAAUGGCUACCUCUACGCCGCGUACAGGCUACCGGACGCGGCGUGGCAGGAGGCCGGCGUCGAUGGAUCGCACUACACCUCGCUGCCGGCAGAUCGGCCGCAUGUCCUGAUUGAAUAUAGCACAGUGCCCUUUAUGGCGGCAGCGGCCAACUUCAGCGCCGUUACUGCGUGGACCAGCCUUGUUCAGCCCGAGGACCCCGGCUCGGUGACCUUGCGCUCCAGCAACUACCGAGAGGACCCGGUCAUCCAUACAAACUACUAUGGCUCCGCUGCCGACAAAGUCGCCGUUCAGUACUCCUUCAAACAGCUGCGACAAAUCUUGCACGCGGACCAGCUCAAGCCCCUCAUCCUGGACGAGUUCUACCCCGGGGCGAAUGUGACUACGGAUCAGGAGAUCUGGGCCGCCAUUCAGAAUCAGACGUACUCGUUCCGCCAUCCUGUCGGGACGGUGGCACUCGGGAAGGCACUGGAUAAGGACUGGCGGCUCAAGGGACUCAAGGGUAUCCGGGUGGUGGAUUCGAGUACAUUCCCAUAUCCCACGACGUGUCAUCCCCAAGCCGUCGUCUAUGCGCUGGCACAUCGCGCGGCACGGGAUAUCCGAGUUGCUGAUCGGGGUUAA